AUGUCCUCCAACGCCAACACCCCGGUGCUGGGUCCAGUCACCCAGGGGAACAAGGGCAGCAGUGCAACCACAGCCACGACCACGGCCAAGUCAGCGCCGAGCGGCGCAGCAGUGAACCUGGACGAUAUCCCCCCGCUGACUCUGGGCGUUAUGACCAGCCGCGCAGACAAGGUCGAUGCGCUGCAGCUUGUCGCCGACAGCAUUGCGCAGCAGCGCCAGACUUCGUCGCGCAGCAUGGUUUUUCACCCGCUUAGUCUUGCCGGCCUUGCCGCCGGCCUCGGUAUUGCCUACAAGCUGAAUCCGCGGCCUGAUCUGGGCAUGACCAUGACGCUCUUGUCGGGUGUUGUCAUGACCUACCUCCUGAGUAUUCGCUAUUUCAGCGCGCAGUACAUCCCGAUGGCCGAGAGCCUGAAGUGGGACUGGAUCGUGCCGAAGAACGACGAUGGCAAGGUCGAGCCGGGCGCAGAGGAGGACACCGUUAUCGGUGCCCGGUAUGGCGAGGAGAUGAUUGGCGCAUUGGUACUCCGGCUAGUUCCGCCUGCGGCGGACGAGCAGGGUUUGAGCACGUCAGCCGCAGCACCACCACCCACUACAUCGCGCAAGAAGAACAACAACAAAGCCUCACAAGCCGCCAGCGACAGCCACCUCAAGGGCGGCCACGGCGUCAUUCGUGCCUGGACAACCCGUCUUCGCUAUCGUCGGCGCGGCAUUGGCGGUGAUCUUCUCCAAGAGGCCAUUCAGGUGACACGCGAGCGUUGCGGCAAGGAUGCCAAUGUCGUCUUUGCGGAGGCGCACGCAAACAGUGUCAUGGUUGUUCCCGAGAUGUUCAAUGGUCCUUUCCGUAAGGUUGAGCAAUGGGCUGUGGGUGCGCUGGAAAGGGCUCUGGCCAACCCGGUCCCUCCCAAGAAGCUGUGA